AUGCCCAGGACAUUGCCCUGGCUUCGCGCUGAGAAUACCACCCCUGUGAAAAAAAAGUCAACACCGCGGAAGCGCGUGAAGACGGAACUUGCUGAUCGCGACCUCACUCCCAAAAACCCUCGAGUUUCUCCCCCCAGGCGUGAUUUCUUCAGAUCAUCCCAAAGCCCGCCGACCUCUCCCAUCAGACGUUGUCCAUCCGAAGAAUUUUUGAUUGAGGGUAUUGAACACGAUGACGGCUGGGUCAUGGUCGAGGACGAGUUCUACGCCGUCGCGCAAACAUUUACUCAACAUCUACAUCACGCCGAGUACCUGCGACGGCGAAAGCAGGUGAAAGCCGAACACGCAGCCGGGAUAAGAGAAAUUGAGAGGCCUACAGACGGGCGUACCUCACUACCAAAUGAGGUUGAGCGAAAAAGAGAAGCUGAAGCGCUGAGGGAGCGACAAAAAGCUGGACUCGCACAUAUAGGGGAUGGAGAAGUCGAGGAGAAAGAUGAAGAAGAUGAUGAUGAUGAGAGAUGGGCUGGAACACAUCUCCACGACCUUAUGACGAGCCCACGAAAAACCCGGUCUUUAGCGGGAGCUCACGCGCCAAAGUCCUCUACUAGAGCUGCUGCGGGCUUUGGACAAGCACCGACUUUGGCUACUGGACGAGCCCGGGUGAACAGUAUCGGAAGUUUCACUGCACCGUCAAGAGUAUCAGAAGUUAUAAGCAUUGAACUGGAUGAAGAGACGGCCUCGGGCUCGGAUGACAAUGACGAUGACGAUCUUGACCUAGAACCCCGGCCAGUGCUACCACCGCCCAAGGGAACAAAUUCCACUUUACGAAAAGCUCAGGCUCACGAUCAGACAACACUACGAGCCCGGCAACAAUUUGAAAUACCAAGCAUGUCUACGUCAAAACCGAAAGCGAAGCCGACACAUGGGCGACCCAGUCCAGCGAACGCGUAUAAAUCACGGGUUCAAUCGCUUUUCGAUGACCUCGAUGAACUACCAGAGUCAUCUCGGAUAAAUUACUCUAUAUCUGACAAGUCCAAGGAAUCUCCUGCAAGACAAUCGCCUGUAACAGGCGGAGGGAACAAUUUAGAUGCAAAAAGAUCCCGGCACACCGAAGUGCCCACCUUCUUGGUGUGA